AUGGGGAUCGGCUUGGACAAGCUGCGCCCCAGAGUGUCGCCGUUCCACGGCGUCGCGCCAGGGAAACGAGUCCAACCCCUCGGGCAGAUUGACUUGCCUGUCUGCUUCAGCACACCAGCCAACUUCCGCAAGGAGGUACUCAUCUUCGAGGGUGUCAUCACCGUCGGCAUGUCGUUUGAGCAUGCCUACGAGUGCGACGUCGAAUGCGUCGAGCAUGCCGAGGCCCAGGCGGAGGACGAGGCCCUUGCAGCUACCUUGGAUAAGAUGGGAAGCAAAGCCAUGUACUCCACGCACCGGCACGCAGGCAGCUUCGAGCCAGCCGAGGGUAUCAAGGAAGUACCCCUCGACCCGAGUGUUGGCACUCCUUAA